CGAAAACUGUGCUGGUUAUGCGGCGCUCCAACAGUUGCCGAAGAAGAGGUCCUUCAUAGAUCUCCCUUCGUCCAUCCAUGGGUGGAAGAGCAAAUUCUGCUUUGUGAAGUUGGCCGAUGGGGUCUUUUUUCCUUCACAAGGCCAUAGCGGCCUUUUUAACUUACACACUCCGCCGAAGAGCGCUGAGAUCGAUGCUCAAGUGGAGGCGUUCCUGAAGGGUGGACCGCGGAGCGUCAAAACCUAUAUUACUGAGUUCAAGAUUGCGGCCCUUGGGAUGAUGCGCUACUACAUACCAGGCGAUCCUGAUUGUGGUUUGUGGCCGAAGAUGUCUGGUUACUUUGAGCAGGCCGAUGGGCCCUCUAUUGGGAUCCCGGCCGAGGCCGAAGGUUUUGAGAUGAGUCGCAAGCUUUUUAUGGCUCAGGCCAAGAAAAUGGUUGCCAAAGAGAUGGAGGAUGCUCAACAGGCCGAGGCGUCCAAAGGUUCUGGCGACGGCUCCAAGUCUCAGGCCGAAGCGGUGAAGAAGGCGGCGGCCCAGAAGAAGAAGAAGAGGUCCACCGAGGGUCAGCAAACUUUGACCGAAGCCGGGUUGAAGCCGGCCCAGGGUGCUAAGAGGCCGAAGCAGGGCUUGCCCUCUGGUGACGCCGCUACGGCUGAUGUGCAGGCUGCGGCUCAAAAAGAGCAGGUUUCUGAUGUCCAUGUGAUUGAGGACCUGACCCUGAAUGAGGCAUCGGCUGCCCUUGUCCCUACGUCUCUGAUUUCUGGUAAGAAUGCCCAGACAAGCUCUCGGAGCGGCCGUGAUGUAGCCUCUGGGUUGUACGAGGUGACGGUCCGGUAUCCGACAAAGGGUGGGCUAUUCAACGAGAGGGUCUCAGGCCACGAUGUCUUGUUCCAAGCCAUUCCUGAUGAGGACAGGGCGUAUCUACGCCGGCAAGGCAAGGAAGUGCGCCUUUUUGAUGGAGGGUUGGACUUCGUCGUCCAAGGUGCCUUGAUGCUGAUGGAGCAGCACCGUCGGCAGGAGGAGGAGAUUGCUCGCCUCCGGGAGGCUGAGAAAAAGGUUGCCUCUGCUGACGAGGUGUUGGCUUCCCUGGAGCUUCUCCGAUCCGAGGUCAGCUCCCUUAAGGAAAUGGCUGAUGCGGCUGAAGCACGAGCUGCUGCAGCUGAGGCCAGGUUGGAGGAGGAAGCCGCAUCCCGCCGGUUGGCAGAAGAGAGGGCGAAGAAGGCCGAGGAGCUGGAGGCCGAAGCGGAGAGGGCUGCCGAGAAGGCUGUUGAUUUGUUCAUGGCCGAGGGGUGGAAAGACGAGGCCCGACGUGAUUGGAGCUUUAACGUCGUGGCGGAGCGCUUCGAGGCGUGGUCUCAGGAGGAAGCUGGACGAGCUUGCCUCAAACAGGAGUUUGAAGUCUGGUACGACCUCGGCCAGAGGCGUAUGCAGAUGUUGGUCUACCGCCGUCUUCGCCGGCGUGUGAAAAAUCUGAAGCCCAGGGGUAUCGGCCUUCCCCGGCUGAUGAAGGACCCCGAGGAGGAGUUGAAGCUCCCACUGUCCGAAAGGCAACCCCCCAUUCUGAGCUCAGACGAGGAGGACGGGCCCUGGACCGAGAGCGACGACUACCUCUUCCGGAGCUCGGCCAAGUCUAAGAAUACCGAUGAUGAGCAGGACGAUGCGGACAGCGGAGCCGUUGAGGGUGGUCAAGUACAAGCUGUUUAGUGUUUCCUUGUACUUGGUUUUCUUUUUUCAUCUAUAGUAGUAGUCUCAAUGGCCGAAGCGCCGUAAUGCAUGUAAAGGCCGAAGCGCCCUCCUUGUAUGUUUUGAAUCAUCA